GAAGUGGGGCGGGACUUUGUUGUGGCGGUGAGGAACAGGAAGCCCUGAAGGGUCAAAAGGAAUACAAAAGCAAAGGCUAUUUUCUUUUUUUUUUUCCCUUUCUUUUUUUUUUUUCCCUAAAGAGCGAGCGGCCUUUGCGGUGGUGGUUUGGGGUGAGCGCCGCCGAGGUGAGGGGCUCUCGCCUCCCGCGAGCUGGUAGGGAGCCAGGUUUCAGUUCAGGGUAAGGAAGAACUGUCCUACCCGUCAGGUCUGCGCAGAGAGGGAGUCUGCUGCCUGGGAGGGAGUGCAGUGGUCCGUCUUGAAGUUCUGACAUGUGGGUUGGAUGAAGAUCUCCCAGUCUGUGUGGUGGAUUCAGAUGCGGGAUGGAGAACCACGUUAGCUGGGCCCUGAGGAGUGUGCCCGAGGCGUGUCGCUGCCCUGCUGUGCAGACUAGACUCCGUCUCUAAGGUUCCUUGGAUACGUGAGUCUCUUCCUUCUGAAUCUGCUUGGAAACAAGAACAGACUGAUUAUUCCAUUAUGGAUGGAGGGGAUGAUGGUAACCUUGUUAUCAAAAAGAGGUUUGUGUCCGAGGCAGAACUAGAUGAGCGGCGCAAAAGGAGGCAAGAGGAAUGGGAGAAAGUUCGGAAACCUGAAGAUCCGGAAGAGUGUCCAGAGGAGGCUUAUGACCCUCGGUCUCUGUAUGAAAGGCUCCAGGAGCAGAAAGACAGGAAGCAGCAGGAGUACGAGGAGCAGUUCAAAUUCAAGAACAUGGUAAGAGGCUUAGACGAAGAUGAGACCAACUUCCUUGACGAGGUUUCUCGGCAGCAGGAACUAAUAGAAAAGCAACGAAGAGAAGAAGAACUGAAGGAACUGAAGGAAUACAGAAGUAAUCUCAACAAGGUUGGAAUUUCUUCAGAAAACAAGAAGGAAGUGGAGAAGAAAGUGGCUGUGAAACCCAUGGAAACCAGGAACAAGUUCUCCCAGGCUAAGCUGUUGGCAGGAGCUGUGAAGCAUAAGAGCUCAGAGAGUGGCAACAGUGUGAAAAGACUGAAAUCGGAUCCGGACCCAGAUGACAAGAAUCAAGAAGCCCUGCCCUGCGUGUCUCUUGGCAGCGCAUCCCUGAGCGCUCCGUCCAUCCACUGCCCGUCCGCCGCCGUCUGCAUCGGCAUCCUCCCGGGCCUGGGCGCCUACUCGGGGAGCAGUGACUCUGAGUCCAGCUCCGACAGCGAGGGCACCAUCAACGCCACCGGCAAGAUCGUCUCCUCCAUCUUCCGAACCAACACCUUCCUCGAGGCCCCCUAGCUCUGCGUCCUUCCCACCGCGAGCUCCUGCCCAAGGGUAGACGGACGUGCCUCCUGCCGCGGGCACACCUCCCUCCGGAAACGCCUUUGCCUGCUUCCUGUGCACACUGAGACAUGUUUAACCUCAUCUAAAGACGUGCCAGAGUUUACUAGAGGCCCGACCUGUGUUUGAUUUCUCUUUCCGGUCCAGUGCAGAUGCCCAGACCUGUCCCUCCACCUCUUUCCUCAGCGCUGUGGUGGGGCGGAGGCCAGGUUCGGCAGAAAUGCCGCUGGAAACACCCUGGGAAGGCAGGCGCCAGCUGGCUUGCAAAGGUUUGCGGUAUAUUACUUUCUUGCCGUUUUCUUUUUUUCCUUUCCCAACAGCACAAAGAAGCAAGGGCAGUUAUUAGACAGGUAUUGUUUAGACAUUCAUUUUAGACGAACACGUGCUUUGGUUGUACUGCGUUGUGGAGCAUGCGGGACAGGACUGACCCGGUGAUGAAAUGGCCCGCUCCCCUGGACCUAACGACUUCUUCAUGUUGUGUGACUAAGUAAAGACUAUAAACUACA